GCCAGCCAGAGAGAAGAUAUGGAUAGAUUAAUAAGUUUAGAACCAUCAAAGUUGGUUCCGAUACGCAUCGAGGCAGGUCAGAGAUGUUACGGUGAGUUAACCUUACGUAAUGUUAUGUACACGAUGCCUGUUGCAUUUCGAUUUCAACCUGUCAACAAACUUAAAUAUACUAUUCGUCCACAAACUGGUAUUAUCUCGCCUCUAGCAUCGGUCACUGUUGAGAUCGUGUACGUUAUGCCACUGAAUUCGACUCUCCCCGACUAUUUUCCGAUAUCGCGUGAUGAUUUCCUCUUGCAUAGUGUUGUAGUUCCUGGUGCAGCUAUUAAAGAUUCAGCAUCAUCUUUUGAUGCGGUUCCUAAUGAGUGGUUUACUCUCAAAAAGAAACAAGUUUUUACUGAUAGUGGAGUCAAAGUAAUUUUCGUCGGGUCGCCGAUUCUUGCUCAGCUCGUGUUAGAUGGCUCAAUGGAAGAACUUCGGGAAGUUCUAGAGAAGAGUGACUCAUCCUGGCACCCAGCUGACUCAGUCGACUCAUACGGUCAACCACUACUUCAUUUGGCAAUAUCUCAGCGCCGAGCAGAUCUCGUACAGCUUUUACUUGAGUUUGAGCCUGAUAUGGAAGCACGAAAUCGGUCUGGUCGUACUGCACUUGAAGCUGCGGUUGCAGCUGGAGAAGCUCUGAUCGUUGAACUUUUACUGGCGCGCCGAGUUAGUACUGAUAGAUCUGAGUCAUCGGAUUAUGGCCCAAUUCAUUUGGCAGCUCAAGGAGGGCAUUUAGAGAUUAUGAGACUAUUACUGCUCAAAGGAGCUAAUUUUGAUACACCAACAAGUGACGGCCGUACACCGUUGCACCUUGCAGUUGCAGAGCGCAAAAGAGACUGUGUAAAACUCCUGUUAGCAAAUGGUGCAAGGACUGAUAUCGGCAGUACAAUUGAUGGUGAGACGCCAUUACAUUUAGCUGCAAAUUUAGGCGAUGAACAAAUGGUCAAGUUGCUACUACAAAAAGGAGCAAACAAAUACAUUCAUGACAAAUACGGUAAAACACCUUACGAUAUGGCAGCAGAAUCGGGUCAAUCCCGUCUUUAUGACGUGUUGGGUUUAGGUGAUCGGCUUUCGAUUGCUUCACGGAAAGGCGAGUUACGUACAAUUCACCGACUUCUAGAAAGGGGUGCAUCCAUUAAUGGGAAAGAUCAGCAUGGCUGGACCGCACUGCACCGAGCAGCGUUUAAAGGAAAGAUCGAUAUUGUCCGAAUGCUGCUUGAUAAGGGUGCAGACAUUGAUUCAAGAGAUGAAGAUGGGUAUACUGCAUUGCAUUGUGCCAGUGAAGCUGGUCAUGGUGAGGUUAUUGAAUUGCUUGUCAAAAGAGGUGUUGAUAUUGAAGCACAAACUAACAAGGGUUUAUCUGCAGUGCAUAUUGCUGAGUCAUUGCAGUACUCAGGGAUUACAAGGAUAUUGACACAAGGGGGUGCGAAUAAUGAUAAUAGAAUUGUGGGUUCGAAACUUGGUGGAAACAAUUAUGGGUCGUUUGGAACUGGUAAAGAGAUGGAAAAUAAUGAAGUUAUUAUUAAAAAGAAACCAAGUCGAGGAAGAGCUAUGAGGAGUAGUUUGGAUAGGUCCAUGCCUAUGGCUGUUCUUUGA